AUAGAGGGCGCUAAGGCGACGUAACGAGCGCAGGUAAGCGUCAAGGAAGAGAGUCACAGUUCAAAACAAUACUUGGAAGAAGUUCGCCCUCUUUUUCAAGAUGUCUCAAAGUAGCCCCGACAAAGAGGACCAAGCCCCGGGAGGCAAGAAGGUCCUCUCGCUGCCUAUUUCAAGAGUCCGCUUGAUCAUGAAGAGCUCCCCGGACGUCUCCAACAUCAACCAGGAAGCCCUUUUCCUCACCACCAAGGCAACGGAGAUGUUUGUUCAGCACUUGGCGCUGUCGUCGUUCAACAACAGCCAAGGAAAGGAAAGCAACAGUUUGUCUUACAGUGACCUGGCGGACGCCGCUGAGGAAGUGGAAACGUUCCAGUUUCUAACAGAUAUCCUGCCGAAGAAGAUCCUGGCCCGUGACUACCUCAAGUCUUUGGAACAGAUACAAAAAGAGGAAGCAGAAGAAGCCGACUUGUAAAAAAAAAAAAAAAAUGGACUCAUCCGACCACAGUAUUUGUUCUCCCCGAAAGAGCGAUGGGGCUCACGUUGACUUGGGACCACGUAGCGAUCGUGUCUGCAAAGCCGGACCACCGAAUCAUUUGGGCUUGCGGCGAUGCUGGCAAAAAGCUAGCUCGCAGACACUGAUCGCCUUUUAAAAGAUUUCAAACGUGUGCAGAGUUUCGCUGGUCCGGGGAAUCUCGUAGCGUGCAGCGCGUGUCUUCUUACGGCCUUUAAAAAAAAAAAAAAAAAAACUUGAUCGCGCAAACGCUACAAACGGAAAAGUACCAGGCCCUUGUUUUUCUCUUUGUUGUUCUCAAAUUGAUCACGUUGGAGCUGAAAUACUUGAAUUUUUGUUGUUUGUUUGGAGUAUUUUUCAAUUUGUGUCGUAAAUCUGCCAAAAGAGAUACAGUUUUUGUAUAUUUCUGCUCAUUAAAUCUGAAUCAUUUCAAAAUA